AUGGCCACCGCCACUUCACACAACAAAAAGUCGUCGGCGGUGAAGCGCAUCCUCUCCGAGGCGCGCGAGCUGGCCAACGACUCGUCGGACCUCUACUCGGCCUCGCCGCUGGAGGACAACAUGUUUGAAUGGCACUUUACGCUGCGCGGGCCCGCCAACACCGAGUUCGCCAACGGCCUCUACCACGGCCGCAUCCUCCUACCCGCCGAGUAUCCCAUGCGGCCGCCCAACCUCAUGCUGCUCACGCCCAACGGCCGAUGGGAGCUCAACAAGAAGAUCUGUCUCACCUUCACCGGCUUUCACGAGGAGAUGUGGCAGCCAGCGUGGGGCAUCAGGACGGCGCUGUUGGGUCUGCAGACCUUCAUGACGGCCAAGGCCGAGGCGGCGGUGGGCAUCGGCGCGCUCGACUAUCCGGUGCAGGCGAGGGAGAAGCUGGCCAAGGAGUCGAGAAAGUGGACGUGCGACGUUUGCGCAAAGACCACGCUCGAGUUGCUACCCGACCCGGAUCCAGAGCAAGAGACCAAGCAAGAGGCUCUGCCCGAUGGACUGUGCGUCGACCUCACCGCACAGUCACACAAGUCGCAGCCGAGUGCAUCUGCAUCCACAUCCACAUCCACAUCCACACCGGCCGCUGGACCCGAUGCAGCUGCUCGUCCCAUCAUCACCACCGCAGCCACGUCGGAGGAGCCGCCAGCGCCAGUCGCUGCCCCAACACCACCGCCGCCUGCUCCAAUCGCUGCAGCUGCUCCAGCUGCCCCAACAUUACCGGCUCCGGCUCGUCUCCGACCCUCUUUCAAUGCAGCCCUCCCGCCGCACACCUCAGCCACGCAGCGCAAACUCAGCCUCAUCGACAACUGCAUCAAGGCCCUCAGCGUGCUCGUUGCGCUGCUCGUCGUCAAGCGCCUCAUCUAG